ACAAAUGGGCCACUCAACUCUUCGGACACUAUUCACCAUAUCCUUACAAGCCUUCCUGCAUUUCACAUUUUAUAUCCCAUCUAUUUCCCGUAAUCCAUACCCGAACAGUUUGUUCCCACCGGCCACCACUCCAAAACACCCUCUCUUCUUCUCUUGAAGUUUUCCAAACUAUCACCAGAAGGCAUGAUGCUGAAGUUUUUUGCAUUUUUCUUAUUUGCAACUGCCCUGUCAUGCUGGAAGCUUGAAGGUUUUCCUACAUUAGAAACUCAAGAUUUCAAUCUCUCGGAACCUGUUCUUCAAGGACAAGAGAUUCAUGUUGCAAUUUCAGUUUUCACACAUUCAAACAGGACAGUUGGCUUGGGAGCAAAAGAUGACAAACAAGACUAUCAGAAGAAGCAUCAAAAUUUUCUGUCAAAGAAAUCAAAGGGUGGAAGGAGUGGGGGUGGGCGUGGGGGUGCCGAUAUCGGCCACCGUCCCCGUCCAGCAAAAAAUGCAGCCUUCUCGCUAGUCAGCCAGCCUUUCUUUCUAUCAACUGCUGUAAUGCAUAUAAGCUUGACUGUUAUCUUGGCAUUUCCGUCUUUAGUUAUCAAGCUCUUUUAGGCCAUUUGGUGGCUUAUUCAAGGCUGUAACAAUCGGCAACAGCCCCACAAAAAAGAAACAAGAAAGACGGAUUGAACUUGUCCUUUUUUGGAGUUGUAUGUCUUUGUCUGAUAGUGGUAGAUAUUUUUUAUGGGUGUGACCUCUUUUUGUAGCGAUACAUCAUGUACUUCUAGCUUCCUACAGGGGAUAUUUGUAAACCGUGAAUGGAUUGGCGUCUGCGAAGUUUGUUGUUUGAGACUGUUGAUUUUAGUCUUUUACUACAACAUAGUUGUUUUAGUAAUGAAUGACUGUUUGAACUCUGUCCUUAUCCUCUAUAUUUAAUCCAGGCAGUUUCUACUGAUUUUUUGCAUCAUAGAA